ACAUUUCAGGGAAAUGGCCAACCGAAAAUUUACGCAGUGCUACGGCCUUUGGAUAUGUGUGCUGCUUGCUGCUACAUAUGCCGAUCACAUCCAAGACUACGGCGGUGGAGGAGGUUUUAUUGAUGGCGGCACAGGAGGAGGCUACGGUGGUCCCUCACAUGUUGUUGUCGGCGGAUAUGAUGAUCACUCACAUGGUGGUUCUGGAGGAGGCAAAACGCAUUGCUGUGACAACGCUGACCUGAUAAACGGCAGAUGUGUGUGUAAAGCCAAUUACCGAGGACAUAGCACUCAUCCCUGUGACAAACCUUGCUGGGACAAAUGUGGAACCAAUUCGUACUGUAACGUACAGGAAUUUAAAUGUUACUGUAAGGAAAGUUACAUCGGUGAUCCCUACUACGAAUGUGACUUGCCAUGUGGAGGAAAGUGUGCCUCAAAUGCUUACUGUGACAGUGUUACCAACACCUGUCGCUGUAACACUGGUCUUAUUGGUGAUGCCACAAAGAAAUGUUUCAGCCCAAGUGUCAUCGUAUUUGCACAGUCUAGCUACACAGUGAGAGAAAGCGUUGGAGUCUUAAAGAUUAAAGUUAACAGGCAAGGAGGAACAUUCGGUUCUAUCACUGUGGGAUGGACCGUGUCCAGCGGCACUGCCACCAGCCCGUCUGAUUUCACAUUUGCCUUAGGUUCACUUCAAUUUGGUAAUGGAGACUCUGUGGAAUUUAUUUCUAUCAAAAUUAUCAAUGAUCAGGACGCACGCUUCCAGAACGGAGACGAGCCGCUUUACGACCGCAGGACGAACCCGGUUCGAACGCAAGCCUACCGAUAG